UUGAGAGAGAUGGAGAUAAAUGAGUAAAUAGACUAUACACAAUCUUAAAAAAUUUCGUGUGCUUGCGUUAUUUAAGAAAGAAGUGUAUUAAAGUGAAGUUUAAAACAUAAUUUAGAGUCAUUAUUUAUUGCAAAACAUUGAAAGUAUCGUUUUUGCAUUAGACUUUUAGAUCAAAAUGAUAUGAAAAUUAUGGAUUAGUGAAAACAAUAAAUCGCGUUCAUCAGGCGCUCGUGCAGAAAAAAGAAAUGACUCUGACAACUUCUUCAAGUAUGAGAUCAAAUCGUUCGUUCAGUUUCAAAUGUGCAACACACGAACGAGACCGCGAAAUCUACUGUGUUAAUGACUUUCAUGUAGUGACCAAGGAAAAACCUUUUAUAAAAAAAAUGGCUGAAUGCUUGGCUAACAAGAUGCUUCCUCAUCAACGAGAUCGGAAAUAUUACGCAGAUACUUUCAAAUGCUGGCCACCACCGUAUUUCAUAAUGUUGAUCUCAGUUGUCGAAGUCAUCUGCUUUGUUUACCAUUUGAUCACGAAUGACGCAAAUCCACCGAACUCAAGCGUUCCCAUCGACUCGAUUUUCAUUUAUCGUCCCGAUAAGAAGCACGAGAUCUGGAGAUUCCUUCUCUACAUGCUGUUGCAUGCUGGCUGGUUUCAUCUCACAUUCAAUUUAAUCGUCCAAAUACUAAUCGGAAUACCAUUGGAGAUGGUACACGGUUCAGGACGAAUCGCUUGCAUUUAUUUGUCAGGUGUCUUAGCUGGAUCUCUAGGAACAUCAAUCUUUGAUUCAAAUGCAUAUCUUGUUGGUUCGAGUGGAGGAGUUUACGCUCUUUUAGCAGCUCACUUAGCCAAUAUAAUGCUUAAUUACAGCAAUAUGGAAUAUGGAGUUGUGCGAUUACUCGCAAUUUUACUUUUUGCAUCAUGCGAUGUCGGAUUUGCAAUUUACUCGCGAUAUGAAAGCGAACCGUCCUCGUCAAUUCCGUCAGUUUCAUUUGUCGCUCAUGUUGGUGGUGCUGUUGCUGGUCUAACAAUUGGUUUGAUUGUUUUGAAGAAUUUUGAACAAAAACUUCAUGAACAGCUACUUUGGUGGAUUGCGCUUGGAAUUUAUUGUGCCUGCAUUAUUUUUGCAAUCAUAUUUAACAUUGUGAAUUCUGGUAACUAUGUGAGUGAUGAAACUGAAUACGUUACUCUAAUCAAAGAGCAUCGAAGCUAUUAG